CCAUUUCCCACAAACCCCAGUCCCCUAGCUGCGCCAACCCCAACCCCAACCACUCCGGCAUUCCGCCCGCGUCGGAGCUUCGAGGAGCUAGGGCUUCCCAUCCCGAUGGCCGCCGUGAAGCCCUCGCUGCCGCCGGCGCCGGCGGGGACCGUCGUCGUGGUGCUCGCGCUCGUGCGCGCCGUCCUCGCCCUGACGCUGGUGCUCGGGCGCGUCCUCCUCGUCGCGGCCGAAGCGCUCCCCUACCUGGGCUUCGCGACUCUGUGGGUCAUCUCCGCGGCCGCGGCUGCCAGGGUCGUGGGGAGCCGAGCCUGGGACGAGGGCUCCGCCUCCGCCGUGUUUCUCCAGGCGCUCGCGGACGGGGCUCUCAAGGCCAGCUUCCUUGUCCUGCAAGCGCUUGGCACCGUGAUGCUGUGCGGCCAGUUCCUGCUCUACGUGGUUGCAGCUGUAUCUGGAUCCGGUUCCGAGUUCCAGAAGAGAGCCCAUGGAGCUUUCAACCAGGAGUUGAUUAGGGGGGUUCCUCCCCGCACCGCAGUCCUUGGAACGUUCGCCUCUACGCCCUUCAUCCUGCUAAUUUUAGCUGGUUCUCUGGUGCAAUGCAUGAUGUCGAAAAAGAUUGGUUCUGUGAUUGUGGAUGUGGGGAUAUUUGGCUCCAGUGCCAUACCUUGCUUUGUUGUCAUUCCAGCUGUAGUACUGAGUAACUGGAGGGAGGACCAGAUGUCAAAGAAAAACAUGACUCACGUUGCAGACUGUUGAGACAUAACACUGAAUGGAAGGUGUGAAGAUGGGCAAGGCAAAUUACAAGAGCUGACUCUUUGCUGAAGUUUAUGGCCGCUGAUGAGUUCUGGGUUAUAGUUACCUGUAGUCAUGACUGUAGAUUGGUCCACUAGUGUUUACUUGCUGCUGGGAGGUCGGGAGUACGAGACCAGACAACGAGUAUAAAUAACACCCUCCCGGAGGAUAAUGCUUUUAAUACAUCCCCUUUUAUCCAUUUUGAUGACAAGUAUUUCAGGACGGAGGGAGUAUUUCUUUGCAAGUCAAUGGCCCAUCAUCAUCUCUUAGCUAUAAAGGUUGUUCAACAUUUCUCGUCUGUCUGAAAUUUCUGACUAGGAGCAUCGACGUGAGUACAACGUGAGGGCCUUCUCACCACUGACAAAUCCGCCUUAUUUAACAUAUUUUCCGUUUUACUAUAUCGCUACUUUGCAAUCAACAUUGUUACAGAUUACAUAUGACUGGCAAUUUUACACAGUUGUCCCAAGUUUCCUUUUGUCAACGGUGACAAACGAUGAA